CAGCUGCCAAUCGGGAACGAAGGGGCGGAUUGGGUUCGUUUGGAUUUAGACAUCGGAUGCGGCUGGAGGAAAGCGUUCGUCUCGUCUUUUUCGCCCUCGCGUGGCUCCCGUGGAAUGUGCCUAGAGUCCAUUGGCAAAAACGAAACAGCGGCUCGGGACAGGUUACGGAGUACGGAUUACCUGGCAGGCUCGACUGUGGGAUCUGGAGUGGGUUCUUGGCAGGGCGUGACGCCUGGCCACCAACUGGUCCGCGACGAAGAAACAAGACUUUUUUUUUUUGUGGUUUUUGGUUUUCUUUCGCUGUAAUGUAACCUGGGGAAAUGAUUACUGGAGAUUUGGAGAAGUGUAGAAAAAAAUCGUCACAAAUCACGGUUGAUGUAGAAUGGGCUAGAACUUGGACUGGACUCUUGGACUUUCUGGAUCUUGGUAAACUGGAGACUGGCACACACUGGAUCGAGGAGUUGGAAGUGGGAAAGAUGCAAGAGUUGAUGGUGCCGGGACAUGCGUGGCUUCUGGGUCCUCGGCCCAGUUUAUGUGUUUAGUACGUUACAACUCCCGUCUGCAGUUCAAGCUUACCUGGCAGCUUAGUUAAUUGCUGUUAAGGUGCGUUUCCCAAGUUUCAAAACAGUUUGCCUA